AUGGUCCGACUCUCCCUUUUCCGUCUGCCCACCAAGCUACGGCGUAGGGUUAGGCGAAAUCGCAUGGCGACCCUAAUUGCCCUCAUCGCCCUCGUAGGCCUCUUGAUCAUCCCUUUCUACUCAGCCUAUUGCGUCUACAAGCCUCCAAGAUACCUUAUCAAUUGGCUUCGAAGGAAGUACCCCGAUGUUCUUUUCGAGAUACCGACCGACCAAAAGAUCAUCGCCCUAUCAAUCGAUGAUGCACCGUCCGCUUAUACCGACGAAAUCAUGCAGAUUCUGGCGGAGAACGAAGCUCAUGCCACGUUCUUUGUAAUAGGGUCUCAAGUCGAGGGGCGCAAGAGUACUCUUGUCAAAUUGGUCGAGAAAGGUCAUGAGCUGGGCAACCAUGCUAUGCACGAUGAGCCAUCCAAGUCACUCAGCAACGAGAAGCUGCUCGAGGAAGUCCAUACUGUCAAAGAUAUGUUGACAGAAGCAUAUGCGGCCAACGAUUUGAUUCUGCCCAACAACUACUUCCGCCCUGGAUCCGGAAUAUUCAACAGGCGAAUGCGCGAUGUGCUAGGAAACCAGGGCUUCCGUAUCACCCUAGGAAGCGUCUACCCUCAUGAUCCUCAAAUACCAUAUCCUGACACCAAUGCAAAGCAUAUCUUGAGCAUGGCCCAUCCAGGAGCCAUCAUUAUCUGCCACGAUCGACGAUCAUGGACUGCACCAAUGCUGCGUACUGUUCUCCCCGAACUCAAGCGGCAAGGGUACAAGAUUGUUACCAUCACAGAUCUUGUGAAGACUGUGGGGGAACAGAAGCAUGAACAAUAA